CGCAGUGAUCUGUGCGCUCUCACUCCGAUCAUCCUCAGGAGGUGGACGCGGCUUCGCGCGACUCUUUGUUUUUAUUCUCUGUCUCCUUCUCCUAUGAUUUUAACAUAAACUAUAAACCAAGAAAAUCUUUUUUUUAAGGCGUUUUUCUCCCUUUGAUAAUUUUUGAUGGUUAUCCACAUCGGACAGUAAACGGUGAUGGCAGACUCUGAUGCUCAAGAGACUCGCCAACCUGCAAAAGACUCGCCGUUCUCCAUAAAGAACCUGCUGAACAUCGAAGACAAACCCACGAAGCCUAAAAGCUUCCUCGGCUCGUCCAAAGGAGUGUUUGAAGGCAGCUUCUUCUCUCGGCUCGGUGACUUGUCUCUCCCACGGUUUGAGUUGCCCACACAGAGAAUUGGACUAUCAGGGCAGUAUCUGGAAAGAGCGUCCACCUGGUGGUACCCAUACACGCUCGGGGCUCAUCUGAGGACCGGGGGGUCUGAGAAGGCCAACCUAAGGGAGGCAUCACCGGCACCGGACAGGCGCUCCCCGGAUCUCCAAAAAAGUGACCAAGAUGUCAAAGAGGAAAGCGCCGACGACGACAUCGCGCUGGACGAAAGUGACGCGGAAGAGCCAAAGAAAGAAACAGACCACGGGGACGACUGGAGGAGAAAAACGGACGAGCUGGACUCCGAGAAGAAGCCCUGCCGGAAGAAGAAGACUCGCACGGUGUUUUCCAGGAGUCAGGUCUUCCAGCUUGAGUCCACCUUCGACAUCAAGCGCUACCUUAGCAGCUCGGAGAGGGCAGGCCUGGCCGCGUCCCUGCACCUGACGGAGACGCAGGUGAAAAUCUGGUUUCAGAACCGGAGGAAUAAAUGGAAAAGGCAGCUGGCCGCGGAGCUGGAGGCGGCCAACCUGAGCCAUGCGGCGGCGCAGCGGAUUGUGCGGGUUCCCAUACUUUACCACGAGAACGGAGCCCCAGAAACAAGCGGUGGCCCCGCUGCAAACUCACCGGGGAGCCAGUCACUCGUGGCUUUUCCCCACCACAUGUACUAUUCCCACCCGGUCCCUCUGCUGAGGCCUGUUUAACAUUGACUGUCAUUAUGAGCUGUAAAUAUGUUUUUAAAUGAGUGACCUUGAUUGAAAAAAAAUUACAAUUUUGUAUAUUUUGUAGCUUCAACGGGCACAAUGUUAGGUCAUAUUAUUAUUAUUAUUAUUAUUAUUAUUAUUGUUGUUAUUAUUAGGCUAUUAUUAUUAUUAUUGUUAUUAUUAUUUGUAAUGAUUCUUUAUCCUGCUGAAGUGUCCUUGGGCAAGGCACAGAGUCCCUAUUACAGCCCUCAAAGGUGUUGCAGAGGGAUACUAGAAAAUUAUUAUUAUUAUUAUUAUUAUUAUUAUUAUUAUCUCAAAAGUGGGUGAAUAUAUUUUAAUGUAUUCCAUUUGAAAAAAAGAACUUGUUUUGAACAGGGUUGACUGUCCAUAUGUAUUUUACAGAGAAUUGUGUCAGUGUUUGUAGCUAAAAAAUGUGGAAUUUAAUAUUUUGAUAUUUUCCAAUAUUGUGCAAUACUGUUGGCUUCACAUUAGGCUACCAGCCUUUGUCACCUAUAGUUCACUUUUACAGAAAAAAACGAUCCUUUUCUCUUUGUAAUAGUGAGGACAAUCAUGUGAUCCUUAAAAAAAAAAAAAAAAAAAAAAAAGAACCCCCGAAAAACUGCAGGUGUAGAGGCAAUUGUUUUAAUGACGCAGUGUUUUCCCGGUAAUUUCAAAGCCAUGAAAGAGCCAAAAAUAGCCUCUGUUUUUAUGUAUGGUUUUCUUCUGAUAUUGUUAUUGAAAUUCUGUAUAUUAUAUGGUCUUACACUCAGUAAAGAUUUCGUUCCAAAAAGAAAUGUAUGUAUCCUUGAUAUAAAAGUGAUGCACAAGGGCAAAGAGUUAUUCAUUUCAGUCAUGUCGUAAAAAAAAUCUUGUUUUUCAAUCAUUUGUGAGGAUGGAGUGAUCUAUUUGAAACAUCUCAGACGACAUAUUAAGGCACAAUGAGGUUAUGGUGCUCUCCAAAAUAAAAUAUUACCUUUGAAUCAUUUUAACAGUUGAAUAAUGAUGGCCAUCUUUUUUUUUUUUAAUCUGGUAACUUUAGAAUUUUUGAGCUUCAAUUUGAACGGCAUUUGAGAGCCUUUUUUUUUUAUUAAGGUGUUAUCACUGAUCUUGUUUUGCUACAUAAUAUUGCGCUUUCUUUAAUGAAAACAUUACAUUCUGGUAAUUAAAAUCAAUAGGCUGUAGAAUAAG